AUGACAUAUAAGAGCAGUCCCGCCACGGUCACACUGAUUAAAAAAAAGUUGCUCGACUCGAACGGACGCGCAUUUCGUUGGAAUUUAAUUUGGAAAUAAUUACAAGUCGAAGGCACAGGUACAGUGAAGACCCAUCAACAUGGACUGCGGUACAUCUCUGGUCAAGUACAUCCUCUUCAUAUUCAACACCAUUGUGUCGGUUCUCGGCAUUUUGGCCAUUGUCUAUGGAGUGCUGAUCUUGAAGAGCAUCGGAACAAUUGAAGUCAAUGGACAGGUGGGCUUCCCCCCACAGGCCCUCAUGCCGAUUGUACUGAUCAGUUUGGGCUCGAUUGUGGUCUUCAUCUCGUUCCUGGGAUGCUGCGGCGCCAUUCGCGAAUCCGUCUGCAUGACCAUGAGCUAUGCCGUCUUCUUGCUGAUUCUGCUGAUCCUGCAGCUGACGCUGAUUGUGCUGCUGUUCACCAACAAGGACAAGUACGAGAAGGCCAUGGGCGACGUCAUAGACAACGCCUGGAAAGCGGACCACCAGGGGGAGGGAGGUGUCUUCGAUGCCAUUCAAGGAUCGUUGCACUGCUGCGGACCCAACUCGGCUGCGGACUACCUUAUUCAAGCCAAAUCGCUGCCUGCCAGCUGCUGCAAUGGAUCGUGCCUGCUUCCAACCAACUAUUACCCUGGAUGCCGUGGCAAGUUCGUCGAGCUAAUGUCUGCUGGCAGUGAGACCGCCAAGUAUGCGGGCAUCGGCCUUAUUGCGGUUGAGCUGAUCGGCUUCAUCUUUGCCUGUUGCCUGGCCAACAACGUGCGCAACUACAAGCGCCGAAACGCCUACUAAGGGCCAUGUGCACCCAUCAAACACAUCGAGAGGCACACCCGCAUCCAGCAGCACACACUCCUCACAUUCUCAUUAACUUUUACAGUCGUUGAACGCACUUACACAAUGAAGAAAACAAUAAUAAUUUGAAGUAAGCCAUUUAGUUGGGUAUUUGUCGAAAAGAAACGAGAAGAAAAACUUAGUUUAAGGCGAUACGAUGAAACGCUUACAUUUUGUAUAUCCUAUUUAAUAUUGGAAUAAUUCGAUUUUUACCUAACGAACGAGCAGACAAUGCAGUUUCCAAAGGCUUUGUACAAACGUUUUACUUGUUAAACGGUUACCCCAGGAAAUAACUAAAUAAACACGUUAAUAAUGACAUCUUUUGUUUAUAACUAAGCAUAUAAUCUAUAAACUGUUGAGAAUUCCCAACCGAAAGGAAAUAUAUAAAUUUAUAAAGAACAUAUAUUCUCGUAUAUAUGUACAUUGUACACUGUACACUGUUCAUUCUAUUCGUCCUUGUAAUGAGAAUCUCGAAAAAAGAGUUUUAUUUGGAAAAUGCAUCAAUCAACGCGAGCUCGAAUUGCAUACAAAAAUUAUGAAUAAAGCAUUUACUAUGUAUUUAUAUACCAAAA